AAUAAGUGCCAUCCCAUCAGGAAAAAGGAAAACAACAACGCAUUAAAAAAGUAAACAAGACCUUUUAUAAUAAUUUUUGGUGUCGCUGUGGUGGAUCGCUAUUAAAAUUUAUGUUGCUGUUAAGUUACUUAAAACAAACAGAAGAGCAAAAUGCAGAUGAAUAACUUGGCGCGACUGUUCAACUGUGUACAGCUGAAAAUCAACUCAAGAACGGCACUACCGUCAUACCAACUAGCAAAUACACUCAAUACGACGUCUUUCUUAUCUGAUCAAGCUGCAUCGGAUCCGACAUUAACCGAAAAGCCGAAACGACCGAUUAAUGCGUUUUUAAGGUACUACCAAAGCGUGCGCCCAAUCUUACAGGCCAAAAACCCCACCGUUUCCCUAAUGGACAUUUCCAAACUAGUAUCUGCACAAUGGAAGGAUCUAAAUGCUACCAAAAAGACCAAAUUACAGCGUGAGUUCAACGCGGACCAUGCCAUCUGGCUCCAGAAGAAUGCCAAGUACCUGGAACAAUUAACCGAUCAGCGGAAGCAAGACAUCCGGCAAGCCCGAGCCGACAAAGCUGCAAAGCGAGCGAAACGGGAACACAGGAAGAAGUUGAAAGAGCUCGGAAGACCGAAAAGACCAUUGACCGCAUUUCUGCUGUAUCAUUUCGACAAAAGGCCAAAUAAAUUGACCAAGGAUCAAAUUAAGUCGCUAGUGAAACAACACGCCCUGGAAUGGAGCCAUAUGAGCAACGAAGAAAAGGAUCAAUAUAAUAAACGCUCGGCGGAGGCGUUGGCAAAAUAUCGUGAAGAUGUGGCACAGUGGGAGAAAGAGAUGAUCGCUCGGGAUCACGUUGAUGUGGUACGUCGUAAACAUGCCGCCAAUAUACCCACCGUGGCGAGAAAGGAUAGAUAGAGUAUUGCUAUCGCCGAAACAAUCGUUCCUCAAUUAACAACGAAGCCGGAAGUAAUAUUGUUAAGGCGUUUAUUACAAAACUUAAACGUAUUCAGAUAAAAGUAAACGUCACAGAAUAUAAAUUCACUUAGGAAGCAUUAGUAAUCUUUCAGGACAUACAUAGCUGAGCCGAGGGUGGAUCUUUAGUUGGAAAAAAUAAAUCUUAUGUUAUAGACGUA